AUGAGUUCUCAAAUACUCUGUAAUAGUGGAGUACCUAAGCUUAUAUGUUAAAAAGCUAUUUGUGAAAAGUAAAAUCUAAAAAAUAAGGAGAUAUUUUCUUGUAAUUUGUAAAAAACCAUUACUGAUGAUGCUAUUACUGAUUGUAAAGGUUGUAUUGGAAAAUAAAAAGAUAAAACCAUCAAUUAUUGUUAAAUCAAUUUUCAAGAUUUUUUCUUAUAAUUGAUAACACAAAGAAAGGAAGAGUAGGAAAUAUUAUCUUAAGUAAGAGAAAUAGAGAGAAGAUUGUAAUAAAGUGUUGAGAAUGCAAAACAAGAAAUUGAAAGAGCUUAAGUUAAUAUAAAGAAAAUAGGUGAAACAAUUAAAUCAAUGUGUUUAUUUUAAAAUAAUUCUAAAUUAGAAGAAUGUUUAAGAUUAAAAGAAUAGACAUCUUUGGAUUUAGUAAAAAAGAUGAUUAAAGAAUUUCGAGAAAAAAUAACAAUAAUUGAAGAUAAUCAAUAAUAAAAUAAUCAAUAGAUAAAUAUAAAUCCAGAUAAACUUAAUAUUAUUUAUAAAAAUGGAACAAUAAUUAUUGAUGAUUUCUUAAAAAAUAAAUUAUCUUAGAUGUCAUAAAUGUUAAAUAGUUUUGAAUUAUAAGUUUAAUAAAUAAAUAGAACUAAUGAUAAUUUUAUUCAAGAACAAAACUAAAUUAUAAAUACAAAAUAUAAAUAGAUAGGAAAGGCAGAUAAUUUGACAUUUAAAAAGCUUUACAAUUUAAGAUUUAAUCGAUCUAAUAAUUUGUUUGCAUUUGGAACUAAUAAUUUAGAUAAUAAUAAAGCCUAUUGUGCUGAAAUUUGGAAGAUUGAUAAUAAUUAAAUUUAAUAGAUUUAAAAAUUACAAUAAUAUCCUGAUGUUACUGCUUUAUGUUUUAGCAAAAAGGAUGAUUCUCUAUUUACAGGAAGUUUAGAUUCCAAAAUUAUAUAUUGGAUUCCAUAGUCUAAUGGAGAAUAUAAAGAAUAAGAAUUAAAAAAUAGAAAAGAUAUUAAAGGAUAAAUUAAUUAUAUUGAAAUAAAUUAAAAGUCAAAUAUUUUAGCAGUUGGUAGUGAAGAAUUAAAUAUUUAUACUAUUAAAAAUAAUGAAUUGCUAUAAAUUACUCAUUAUUUAUAAGAAGUUAAAAACUUAGCUUUUUCUAAUUGUAAUCAAAUUAUUAUAGCUUAAUUUAUGAUAAAUAAUAAAGAGAAAAUUGAAUUAUUUUAGAUUAAAUAAACAGGUGAAAAUUUUGAAAUAAUAAAUUUGGGUGAAGUAAUAUAGACAUAAGAAAUUUAACCAAUUACAACAACAAGAUUUUUGCAUAUAAAUUUAUAAAAUUAAAUCAACUUAUUUAAAUUGGACAACAAUAGAUUUUAAAAGAUAGAAAAUUAUUCAAUUAAAAAAUUGAAUUCUAUUGAAAAAUGUGGAAUUGGGUUUUGUUCAAAUAAUAAUAAUAAAUGUAAUCUUUUAGCUUUUUCAUAAAAUAUUAAUAAUAAUUAAAUAACAUAGAUACUUAAGAUCAAUGAACAAAAUUAAGUAACCUUGCUUUAAUCAAUUUAAUAAAUGGGAUUAAAAUUAUUUUUCUCAAAUAAUGGCUAAGUGCUUGUUAUUUGGAAUGGUGAUAGUUUUGUUAUCUAUAAGAAUACAUCUUAAACAAUAUGA